AUGUCUGCAAGUACUUAUCAAUAUUUUCAAACAUUAGGAAUACCACCAACUUCAUCAUUAGAUGAAGUUAAAAAAGCUUAUAAGAAACUAUCAUUAAAAUAUCAUCCUGAUAAAACAUCCAAUAAAGAACAUCAUGAAAUGUUCAUUAAGAUAAAAGAAGCAUAUGAAGCUCUCAAAGAUAAUCCAUUCUACAACAACAACACUAGACUGAGACAACAACAACCAGAAGAAUCAAGUUAUAUGUUUACAUCUGGUGGACCUGGCCCUGGGAAUGGAUAUAGAAGACCAGGCGGGUUUUCAUAUUAUCAAUAUUAUCAGAGACAGAAUGAUGAAGAAGCGGCAGCACAAGCUGAACGAUUAAGACAGGAGAUGUUUGAGAGGCUAAGAGCCGAAGAAGAAUUACGUAAAAGAAAGGAAGCCGAAGAGCUACGCAAGAGAAAGGAAGCUGAACGAUUAAGAAAAGAGAUGCAAGAGAGAAUGAAGGCCGCAGAAGAACUACGGAAACAGGAAGCCGAACGAUUAAGAAAGGAGAUGUCUGAAAGAACAAGAGUUGAAGAAGAACUACGGAAAAAGGAACAAGCAAGACGAGUACAAGAAAAAACAAAGGCUGCACUUGAUGAAUUACUUAGACAUCAAGAGAAACUUGCUGAAAUGGAACAGAAACGAAAAGAGCACUUACAAGAAGAGCAUGAAUAUUUUCAAGCGAAAUCCCAAGCUAGGAGAGGGGUUGAGAAGGAAGAAGAAGUUAGAAAUAGACAAUAUAAUAAUGAAGAUAUGGCCGAUCGACAAUAUCGUGAAACUAAAGAACGUAAUGCUAGGGAAAGAGAGAAUGCUAGACAAAGUUUUUUCAGUUAUACUGAUUAUUAUGAUUCGUCAAGUCAUCAUGGAGGAAGUUCAAAUGAUCCAAUUGUGGUUGAAGAUGAUGAUAGUUCAGUAGUUGUUGAAUCCGAUGAACUGGAAGAGGAAGAAGAAGAAGACGACGAGGAAGAAGACGAUGAACAAGAUGAGUUUACUUUUAAUAGUGAAGCACAUUCAGCACCUGUUGAUACUUCUCAAUUCGAUGCUUCAUUUGAGGCAGGUCAAGAAGAAGAUAAGUAUAAAGACAGAAGUAGUCCAUUAGCUAGUAGUACCACCGAAUACUACCAGGAUCCCGAUCUAAUGUCGAAACUUAAUGAAAUCCUAGAAUCAGAAUUAAAUGCUCCUCCAAAACCAAAAGCUAAAUCUAAAUCAACAGCGUCGUAUACGGGAUGGAGAAAGAAUGGAUCGUCUUCUCCGAAAAGGCAACAACCUGCAGCGACAGCAGCACCAGAAUCCACGCCUGCAUCUAACAUACCUGGACAGGCAAGAACAAGCUAUGUUAGAAGUCACCUAGGAACACCAAAUAAGCGAUAUAAACCUUCCAACAUCUUCAAAAUGGAUGAUUUGGGUAAAAAUCUAAACCCUGAUCUCGAAAAUGUGGAUUUUUCAGACAUGUAUGAAAGUCUCCCCCAUUCUCAAAAACGUCCACAACAAAAAGAAAACACCACUCCUCCUAAUUCCCCCAUGAAAAGUUCCAAAAGGCGAAUAUUCGAAUAUACCAAUGGCAAAUCAAAAGCUGAAACAUUAUCCACACCCACCAAUAAAAACCCCAUCCGUGGCCACCCGGUCAAGAAUGAACCCAAAUCAAGAAUCCCCCGUCUAUCAAUGUCAGACCUUCAUGCAUCCCCAAGUAUACAAUUCUCCCCACCAACGCCACCAAAUCCGAACCUAAACCCCUCCAUAACCCGCGCAGGGUGGAAAUCAUACACAGACCUCAUCCAAUCCUACCAAAAGCAAUUCUUGGAAUAUAAACAACUCAUUAUCGAAUAUCAACAAGAAAGAACAUUGAAGGAUUUACAUUAUUUCGAGGUUAUAAAUGGUCUGUCGGAGAAUAUGAAUGUUUAUUUAUGUUGUUUGGCGAGGGAUGAGGAGGUGAAUAAUCAAUAUAUGACGACAUUGAGGGAGUUUGUCGGGACGAUGGGGGUAUAUAAUCAGAAUUGUGAUUGGAUUAGGAUUGUGAAACAGGAUGAUGAAUCUUGGGUGUAG